UCUUGUCCAUAACAAUGGCUCUAUGGUCUCCAGCACUACUGAUCCCCAUAGCUGCUCUCCUUGCUCCAUCGUACUUCUAUAUCAAAUAUAAAAGAUCAAAUAGCCCGAUUCUCCCAGUGAUCUGGCCAGUAGUAGGCAUUCUCCCAGGCAUCGUUGCCAACUUCAACAACUUGCACGACUUGAUCACAGCUGUCCUUUCUGCCGUUAUGUGCAACUACAUGGUGCACGGACCAGUGGGAACGAGAAUACAAUACUUCCUUACCAGCGAUCCACAAAAUGUCCGACACAUCUUCACUUCAAACCAUCCAAACUACCCCAAGGGUGAGGAGUUUGCAGAGAUCUUCGACGUCAUGAAAGGAAGUUUCUUCACAGUUGAUGCUGAGUCCGGCCGCCAUCAUCGCGCCAAGGUUCAGAGCAUCCUAAGCAAUCCACAGAUUUUGGCCUUGAUAACUGAUUGCUGCCGCAACAAGGUCGGGAAAGGUCUGCUCUCCUUCCUGUCACGCAUGGCGAACGCCGGAACGGCGUUCGACAUGCAGCAGUUGAACGCGAGGUAUGCGUUCGAUGUGGCUGCUACACCAGUCUUUGGCGUGGACACUGGUCUCCUAUCGCCAGACCCAGACAUGCCUCCUCUUCACGUCACAGACGCCAUGGACACCGUCAUGGAGGUGCCCAUUUUCCGGCACGUGAUGCCGGCGUUAGUCUGGAAGGUGAUGAGACGGCUAAACAUUGGUCCCGAGAGGAGGCUGGCCACGGCACAGGCAGUACUUCGUGGAUUCGUCGUGAAGAUGAUGGAGACAAGGAAGACCCGUCGUCAUUCAUCAGUUGGCAAGGAAGGAGAUGAAGCCGCUGCUUCGUUGGACAUCCAGUCAUCCUACAUCAACGACACCAACUAUGGCGACGACGAUGAAUUGCUCAUUGCAACACUCAUCAACUAUCUUAUCGCCGGGCGGGACACUGUCGGUGCGGGGUUGUCGUGGCUAUUCUACAACAUCUCUAGGAACCCCUCCGUCUUGUCCAGCAUCCGCAAGGAGCUGGCACCCAUUGCAUCGCGCAAAGCCGCCGCCACCGCCACCACCGCCGCCGCAGAUAAUAAAGAACCGAAUGCCACGGUGACCUUUGAGCCGGAGGAGACGAAAGGACUAGUUUACUUGCAGGCUGCGGUGUUGGAGACCCUGAGGCUUUACCCUCCUGUCCCGUUCGAGCGCAAGACUGUGCUGUGUGAGGAUACACUGCCGAGCGGCCAUGAGGUGGGCGCCGGUGACACCAUCGUCAUCUCCUUGUACGCCAUGGCAAGAAUGGAUCCCGUGUGGGGCAAUGACUGCCACGAGUACAGGCCUGAGAGGUGGCUCUCUGGUGAUGGAAGCAAACUGCAGUACAUUCCUUCUCAUAAAUUCCUGACGUUCAGCUCGGGGCCAAGGAUGUGCCUCGGCAAGGACAUCGGGAUUAUGCAGGUGAAGACAGCCGCCGCCAACGUCCUGUGGAACUUCGAUUUGGAGCUGUUGGAAGGGCACGCUGUUGAACCGAAGCUCUCGACUAUUCUGCAGAUGAAGAACGGGCUCGUGGUCAAGGUUAAGAAAAGGGUCCAAGAAUGAAACACUAUGGAGAAUCUGGUAUUUGUUGCUUUGCUUCGUCUCGCCCUAUCUUGUUUUUAUCAUGUUAU